UCCAGGAUAACAGACUGCACUGCUAAGAGGAUAGGAAGGUGUAAAUCAAAUAAAGUCAUUUCUCUUACAUGUAAUGCUAACCCACUCGGACCGUUUGACAUUUCAUGGUCCGUAUUCACCAUAUCACUAACCAGUGCCACGGGAUUCCUUUUCUUCAUGUUAAUGGUGUCUCUUUCGGUUCAUAUCUGCAAAUGCUGUAGGCGGAAAGGGCAUUCAGAGGUACUUGUAACCUAUGUCAAUAAAGACAAGUCGUCUUUUCGGAGAGGUCAAUCAAUUAGAAGUCGUACAGCAGACGCCGAUAUCUUGUCGCAACUUCCGACGAUAUCCUACGACGACGUCGAUAAAGAUAGUCCCUGCGGCGACUUCCGUCGGGAGAAAGAAUUCAGGAGCUCCGCUGAAGGACUUUACAUGGAUAUCCCGGAUUGCACGUUUAUUCAAUCAAAGGGCAAAUCUGACAUGUCUGUUGAUCAGAUGUACCAGGUGGACGAAGAAGGAUACGCGAAGCCGCGCAAUGUGAUUGGAGGAACGACAUCGGUAAGGAUACCCGAGAUUGGUCCAAUCACAGACUACCUUAUCGGUCACGUGGACAGACCGAUGAAGAAGCCAAAGCCGACACCGAUUCCCCGCUCUCGGAAGGAAGGCAAAUCCUCAACGGAUGAGGUCGAGUGAAUAAAUGCCUUAGUCACACCGAUGCAUCGAGACGCCAAACCAACCGAUAAUAUGCCAUUGGUAUUAACGUUGUAACUUUUAUCGGUCUGGAGUCGAUUUCGCCAGUGUGACUGAGUGCAAGGGACAUGAUGUUAUGGAGGAUUCAAAGACAUGUCUUACAACUCAAGAAUCCACUUUCCAACAGUGACUUUGCAAUGGUUGAUUUAUAGGUUGAUAUGGACUCUGAUAGAUGAAGCGCAAUUUCUUGAAGAGUUAUGACACUUCAAUGACAUUUCUUGAGAUCAACCGUCUAUACAGUCGGAGACCCUUGCUCAAUUUGUCAAAACAACUUUUUGACCGUUAAAUUGUCUUUGUAAUUUCUGUAUAUUAAAGAUACAUGGGAAAAGUAGUGAAUGUAGCUAUUACUCACACUCACAUUAUUUUGGUUGUUUAAUUUUAGAUUGAACAUGAAAACAUUACAAAAUUCUAUUAUUAAAUUUGCCUUAUACUCCGGAUCCCGUUCUUACAACUGUCAAGACUGGAUGAUAUCGAUAUCUUUUUCAUAUAAUAGAGAAGAAAGAGAAUGCAUAGAGGCGAUGGUUAUAUUAAUCUUUUCGAACAGAGGAUAUAUAUCAUGUAUUAUACAUAUCUAAUCACUUUUCACGCCUGCGCAUGCAUACCCAUUUGGAAAGAUUAUAAGCAUCUCUGGUAAGUAUCAUUUGAGUGUACAAACGCCUUUUCUUUCACAGACAAAGUUUUCAAUCUCCUCCUUGUAUGUUACGUUAUGGCAAAUGUAGUGUAUGGAUGAUAUUCCCAACAGAAUAAAAAAAUGAAAUGAGCAAUGCAUAUGUUUCAAUACUCUUCCUAGCACUUUGAAUAGUCUCCCCAUCUAGAUCCGUUCAUGUCGCUCAGUGCAAUGAUUAAAAAACAAGCUUAAAACCUUUUCAUUUUCUCAACAACUACAUCCAUUUUAUAUGUAUGCUGUUAUCAAUUUGGGAGUAGAACUAUUCAUCGUUAGUUUACAUUGUAGAACGAUUCAUAGAUGAUAUUUACAUAGAAAAACGCUGUAAAAAUGUUACAAUGUAUGUAUGCAUGAAAUCUGAAGAAAUCAAUAAAAGAUCAAAUCAAAGCAAUUGUUUCAAGGAAUGUUCUUUGAUCACUGACCUCACGCAGA